GAGGCUUCAACACUUUACCAAAUAUGGCCAAUGCGGGGCGUGGGAUCCAUUAUGCUGCUGAGACUGGUAUGAGUGGAGGAGAGAUGCGCGGUGUAACAAGGAACUUUACGCUUUAAAACAAUAACCUGAAAGACAACUCCGAGCCAAUAAAGUCGAAUAUGUAACAACAUCUACAGAGUGUGACAAGCAGCCAACACAAGAGCUCAAAUUCAGUAUUAAAGACUCACCUUCAAGAAGCCGCUCUCCAUUCCUGACUGACGUGACGUCCCAUAAUGCCACUGAUCGUGCUCCCCACCUCCCAGCGGCUAUGGGUGCGCGUAGCCGCCCUGCUGUUCACCUGCGUGGCGUUCAGUGUUGCAUCACACGGCGGCAAACUGCACCACGGCGGCAUGUCUGACUGGUGCAUCUUCUGCUGGGUGUUCAGCUUCGCCUGCACCCUGCUGGUCCUGCUGGUUGAGGUGUUCGGCCUCCAGGCUCGCAUCCCGGUGUCCUGGACCAAUUUUCCAAUCACCGUGGCCUGCUACGCCUCCCUCCUCUGCCUCUCGGCUUCCGUCAUCUUCCCGCUUUUUUUCCUCAAGGACCAGCACUUAGAUGGCGAGGUUCGCGGCCAUCGCAUCGCCGCCACCGUCUUCUCCUGCCUGGCGGCGGUGGCCUACAUGGGGGAGGUGAGCCUGACUAAAGCGAGGCCGGGAGAGGUGGCGGGGUACAUGGCGACCGCUCCCGGCCUGUUGAAGGUGUGCCAGACAUUCGUUGCCUGUAUCAUCUUCAUCCUGGUCAGCGACCCCGUUUCGUACAACCACCACGCCGCGCUCAAGUGGUGCAUGGCGGUGUACUGCAUCUGCUUCAUCCUCUCCAUGGCCGUGGUGGUGCUGUGUGUAGGCGAGUGCACCGGCUGGCUCCCAAUCCCCUUCUCCAAGUUCCUGUCUGCUUACGGGCUCCUGGCGGUUAUCAUGUACUUGACGGCUACCAUCAUCUGGCCCGUGUUCCAGUUUGACAAACAGCACCAGCGUGGAGGCCAAACGUCGAAACUCAUCGCAGUGGCCGUGCUCACUGCCCUCAACUUCCUGCUUUACCUCGCUGACCUGGCCUACACCGCCAGACUAGUGUUUGUCAGCGCCUGAAAAGAAAAGAGAUAAGGAGGGACACAUUCGGAGACAUAAAGCAGAAUUUAAUAUGCUAAAAGCUUGUGUGGCCUUUUAGAAAAAAAGUAUUGCAUUUCUGACAAAAAAUGCAAAACCUUUCCGUUUGGUGUCUAAUGUAAAAUGCUGAAAUGCAAUGUCCCGUUUGUAUAAAACUCACCUACAUUAUGUAUAUUUACAUUUUUGCAGCGCUUUACCUUGAAUGUGAAUUGACCUCUGCUAAAUGUGCAACACAAGUAUAUAGAGGAAAAGUGAGAUCUGACAAAAUGUGUGACAAAAAAAAAGUUGUAAUGCUGGUAAAAUCCAACAACGUCAUCACACUGGAACAGCAUAAGAGACAUUUUUGAGGGAGAUACAUUUAUUAUUUGCUUUAUUACACAGGCACUUCCUUGCAUUACACCCUUACUAAGAUUUGUUCACAUUCUUCUUAUUAUCUUUUGUUAAUAUAAACUUUUUUUCAAGCAUCAGCAUUGAAACAAUUGAAAGAAUGUCAUUUGAGCAAAUUAAGUUUUUAGAUGAACAAAUAUAUUGAUUAUUUUGAAGCAUGCUAUGAAAUGUGAUGAGAUUGUGGUUACAAUAUGUGCUGUGGCUUGAACAUUGCAGCAAUGAAGACUUGAUAUCCACCGCUUAUUUUCUUUAUUGAUCGUUUGGUUUCCAAAAUAAAAUAAAAUAGUGAAAAAUGUCCA